AUGCCUAUCUGCACCCCCAAGGCCCCAACACAGAAUAAUAGGAAGGCUUGUGUAUAUGUACGUGUGUUGUCUAUCCUUCAACUUUCAUGGAUGAGUGUUACUAAAUGGCUCUUCUCAAAGCUAAACUCUCAGUUUCCCUCGGGGCCCUGCUCUUUCUCUCUCAUUUCCACCUCCAAGACAUCGGCUUCUACAAACCCAUUUUCACCAAAUUCUUCAACAACAUUCAGCAGCAAUGUAAUAGAAAUAAGCCGCCUUCUUUCCAAUUGUGGAAGAGGAGGCAAUCUUCGUGUAGGAUCUUGUCUCCACGCCUGUAUUAUCAAGAACCCACCAGUCUAUGAUGCCAGAAACACUUUUAAUCACCGAAAUGUCUAUGUAAUUUACAAUUCUCUACUUUCUAUGUAUUGCAAAUGUGGUGAGGUUUGCGAUGCAGUUAAACUGUUUGAUAGAAUGCCGCUUAAGGACACUGUUUCUUGGAAUUCGAUUAUAUCCGGUUUCUUGAAAAACGGGAAGCUAGGGUCUGGGUUUGGUUGUUUCAAGUCAAUGUUUGAUUCUGGGUUAUAUCGAUUUGAUCAUGCCAGUUUGACUACGAUCUUGUCGGCUUGUGAUGGGAUUGCUUUUCUUGGAACUGUGAAGAUGAUUCACGGUUUGGUAACCUCGAAUGGUUAUGAAAAUGAAAUAACUGUUUCGAAUGCUUUGAUAACGGCAUAUUUUAGAUGUAAAUGUUAUGAUUCGGGGAGGGGUGUUUUUGACGAGAUGGUGGAGAGGAAUGUCAUUACUUGGACAGCUGCAAUUUCCGGUCUUGCUCAAAAUGAAUUUUACGAGGAAAGCUUGAAGUUGUUUGUGGAAAUGCACUUUGAGUUGGUGGUUCCUAAUUAUUUGACAUAUCUAAGUGUGCUUUUGGCAUGUUCUGGCUUACAAGCGCUCAAGGAGGGUCGCCAGAUUCAUGGGAUUGCCUGGAAGUUGGGAGGUUCAGUUUUGUCUGCUUGGACCACGACCAUUCAAUACAAUUACAAGAUUCUGUUUUCCCCCCCAAAGCGGAGAUCAAAGGAUGAAGAGAAUAUCUUUCAGCCAUCUACAGUCUAA